UGACAUGAUUUCUCUGGCUCAAAUUCUCCCUCCUAAUUCUCAUGGAUCACAUUCAAUCUUCAUUUUCCAACCUUUUUCCAUGGUCUUAUUUUUCUUGUACCCAGAAUUUCUUUUAAAAAAACCCACUUGAAAUUUGAAAGUGAUCUUAGUCAACUUCUUCUCAAUUGAUUCAUAAAAUCUUGACCUUUUCUUAGAAGAAAUUCACAAGGAAAUUAGCAAUUUGCAUUGCUUCAAAAUGUGAUUAAAAUAAAGAAUGAUUAAAUUAUCAGUUCUUCAUCAACCCCAUAUCUUCCUGCCACCAGAAGAUUGCCCACAUAGCUCAGACACCAAUUUAAGGUGGAGAGAGAAAGAAUGUGUUUCUUUGUUAAAGAAAUGCAACGCCAUGGAAGAAUUGAAACAAAUUCAUGGGCAAAUGCUCAAAUUGGGGUUGUUUUGUGAUUCUUUUUGUGUUAGUAAUUUGCUUGCAACUUGUGCAAUCUCAAAUUGGGGAAGUAUGGAUUAUGCAUCAUUAGUAUUUAAUCAGAUUGAUGAUCCAGGUACAUUUGAAUUCAACACCAUGAUUAGAGGGCAUGCUAAGGAGAACGAUUUCAAGAGUGCACUUAAACUGUUUGAUGAAAUGCUUGAGAGAGGAAAUUCACCUGAUAAUUUCACUUACCCUUUUGUUUUUAAGGCAUGUGCUGGUUUGGGUUUGAUGCAUUUAGGCAGAAACAUUCAUGGGCAGGUGUUUAAACUUGGAUUCCCUGAUGAUUUAUUUGUGCAGAACAGCCUGAUCAACAUGUAUGGAAAGUGUGGGAAUGUAGAAGAUUCAUGUGCUGUAUUCAAAGGAAUGGAGCAGAAAAGUGUUGCUUCAUGGAGUUCUCUUGUUGCAGCUCAUGCUAAUUUGGGUAUGUGGUGGGAAUGUCUUGAGAUUUUUGGGAAUAUGAUGAAAGUGGGAAGUUGCAGAGCAGAAGAGAGCAUUUUAGUUAAUGUGAUUUCUGCUUGUACUCAUCUGGGUGCCCUAGAUUUAGGAAGGUCAAUACAUGGGUACUUAAUGAGGAACUUGAGUGGUCUAAAUGUUAUAGUUGAGACUUCUUUGAUUGACAUGUACAUAAAAUGUGGCUCUUUAGAAAAAGGGAUUUCCCUUUUCAAUAAGAUGAGGGCAAAGAACAGAUUGUCUUACAGUGUGAUGAUUUCAGGGCUCGCGAUGCAUGGGCAUGGUCAAAAGGCACUUCUGCUGUUCUCAGAAAUGCUUGAACAAGGGAUUGAACCAGAUGAUGUUGUGUAUUUAGGUGUGCUAAGUGGUUGUAGACAUGCCGGUCUUGUAGUAGAAGGUCUGGAAUUGUUCAAGAAAAUGAGGUUUGAGCAUCAAAUACAACCAACAAUCCAACAUUAUGGUUGCAUCUUGGAACUUUUAGGCAGAAAUGCAAAGUUUGAUGAAGCUUUCAACAUGAUUCAGGAAAUGCCCAUGGCGGCCAAUGAUGUAGUGUGGCGAAAUCUGUUAAGUGCUGCUAGGGUUCAUUGUAACCUAGAAAUAGGAGAGAAAGUAGCCAGUAAUCUGAUGAAAUUAGGGUCAGAAAAUUCUGGAUAUUAUGUGAUAAUGUCAAAUAUGUAUGCUCAAGCUCAGAAAUGGACUGAUGCUGCUACCGUUCGAUGCAUGGUUUCAGACCAAGUUGCUGGGUUGAGUUUGGUUGAGGUGAGAAGAAAGGUGUACACAUUUGUAUCACAGGACAAAUCGCGUUGCAAUUGGGAAGAAAUUUAUGAGAUGAUUCACCAAAUGGAAUGGCAAUUGAAAUUUGAUGGGUAUUUACCAGAUACAUCAGAAGUUCUGCAUAAUGUAGAUGAAGAAGAGAAGAAGCAGAGGUUGAAAUAUCAUAGUCAAAAGUUGGCCCUUGCUUUUGCACUUCUACAUACACCUGAAAAUACAACUAUCAGAAUUGCAAGAAAUGUCAAGAUGUGUAGGGAUACUCACACAUACUCAAAGUUUGUUUCUGUUGUCUAUAACCGAGAAAUUAUUGUUAGGGAUCGAAAUCGUUUCCACCAUUUUAAAGAUGGAACUUGCUCUUGUAGAGAUUACUGGUAAAUAAAUCUUAAUUUCCUCUCAGUUUGCUUUUUCCUCUA